CAGCCAACUUUCCAAAAAGGCAGCAGGAUCUGGGUUUCUGAAUACAGGAAUAACUUCUUGCAGCAUGGGUGAGUUUUAUAACUUAAGAUGUGAACUGUUUUGAGUGGGUUAAUUGCUCCAAUAUAAACCCUUUACACCCUGAUAUUAGUCUCUGUAUUCUCCAUACUGUUCUCUAUACAUUUCCUCCUGCAAUAAGCAAAAUUUGAGCCAUAAAGUAUGAAUUUUUCCUCCUUCUUGAGCUAACUUACAGGAAUCUUGAUCUUAUGAAUCUUAAAGGAGUUACAAAAUGAUAUACUUCUAACAUUAUUAAAAAUGUUAAAUAAGUGGAAUUAAUUAUAACAGUAAUUAUAAUAAUUAUGAAAUAAUAAUGAUAAUAACUCCUGAUUCAAACACAAAUAUACAGUAUUUUAAAAGGGAGACCCCUGAGGUUAUCCUUCAAAGAAGGGCUUCCUAACUAUCUAACUUUACUGUUCAAAAUCUAAGUACAUUUUGACAGUUCAAAAUCUAUCAACCAAAACAGCUUUGAAGUUUAAAACAAAAAUCAAACAAAACAAAGUAGGACUAAGGGGGUAGUAAAUUUGUUAAUCAAAUAAUGUUCAUUCAAAUUAAUAAUUCACGGUUCAUUAGAAGCACCUGAGUGGCUGACAUUUUUUGCAAGUUACACAUUUCUGAAGCAGCCACUACACUCUGUGCUUAGAUCAGACAAAGCAGUAAUUACUUCUCUAAAUCUGAAUUAAAUUUUACCCUUAAUAUUUACAUAUAGUGUUUUUUGUGGCUGGCAACUAAAAUGUCUCUGGAGACCAAUGACCUAAUUUGUUUUGAGAAUACAAAGAGUAUGACUAAACAGUUGGAAAUUGUCUUCAAAUGUUCUGAAAAUUUGAUUGGGGCAGCCAUAACUUUGAAUCAUACUUUGUAACCUGAGUGCUUAGCUGUGAAAUGCAAGGCCUGAAUCCCCAUUUUUCUGUCUUAUGGCGAUAUACUGGUAAUUGAAAAUUAGAAGUUACUCCAAAAGACAUUCUUAUUAAUUCAAGAACUGAUUUUCUCUGGUUUCAUCAACACUAUACCAGUAACUGGUUAUAAACCUCACAUUAUGUUUUGCAUGUGCUGUUAGCAGGACAUCACUAUUAAUAAUGCUGGUGACAUUCACAUUUAAAACUUUUUACAUAUUUAAGGAAAAAGUAAUAUUUUAAUGGUUAAAAUACUCCAUCUUUUAAAUCUCAAACUGUGGUUUACAGUUUAAUAAUAAUGAAAACUUUGUAUUGGUAGAGAUAGAAAUAUGGAGCAUUACUUGAUGAUGAUGAUGAAGUUUUUAUUGAAAAAAUCAGACUCAGCAGAAGUGAGUCUUGACAGUCAAAAAUCAUGAAUAAUAGAGAAAAUCUGCUAUUUUCAACAUGAUAUAAAAAGAGAUAAAAAGGAAUAAUCAAACGUAAUGGAAUAUGAUCAUACAAGUUUUAAAAGACAUCUGUUGCAUAAACAAGUUUUUAUACAUUUAAUUUCUUACCUGGGGGAGUUGGAAUUCAUUCCCCGUUGUCCUUUGUAUUCUUUUUCAUUUUGGCUGCAAGGGAUCUCGAGAUGGAUGGUUUUUCAUUGUGGUGAUUUUGUUAAACAGAGGUGGAUCUUUGUCUUCACUCAAGGUCCAUAUCUUGAAGUCAGCUUGGGUGGUACAUUAUACACAUAAUACCAAGCAUCUUUAGCCAGUUCUUACAUUCAAUGCCAGGUACUGGGUGUGGUUUAGGCUUGGUAGUCUUACUGUAUAUCAGCAUUUCCCAUUGCCACACUUUGAUCACCUUUCAGAUAUGUGACAGGCUUAUAGGAAAAUGUGUUUACAAAUGAUUUAUGUUGAUAUCUUUUUUAAUUGGUUUCUGAUUUCGUUUGUUCACUUUCAGGGAAACUUUGAACACAGAUCCAGUUUGUUAUGAUGUCAGGACCUAGUAAUGACAAGUGCAGCAGGUCAGUGGUUUGCAAUGAUGACCCUCCACCUCUGAGUAUUACACUGAAGGAGCUUGGAGAUUUGCCAAAGAAAGUGAAACGUUGGGACACAGAUGAUUCUACAGGUGACAUUCUGCUUUUGACUGUGGAGGAUUGCGAGUUCUUGGCUUGUUAUCAUUACUUGCGAGAUUCCUUUAAAAGCUAUGAGAAAUCCAUUGGAUAUUUUUACUUUGGAAAGAUGGGUGACAAUGAAGAGGAGUCACUGAAAGUUGCUUUAGUGAAAUGUCCUAAAGAAUCGUUGGAUCCUGGAGGUUCUCAAACUGCUGCUAAGAAUGCCAUCACACUCCUGAGACCUAAGGCUACCUUUUUGGUUGGUUUCUGCUACAGUUUGAAUCCUGACAAAGCCCAGCUAGGAGAUGUAGUGAUAUCCUCACAGCUUACAAUAGAUCAUCACAAAAAUCCAGUGAGUAGGGAUGUUGGUAACCUUGUCAGAAGUGCAGCUGAUGGAUGGAAAGCACCAUUACAAAACCCAGAAGUGCAAAAGGUCAAAGUGCAUCGGAAUGAAGAGAUUUUGAGUUGCUCUGAUCUGAUUGGUGCUGAACAGCGGUGUCAAUUACACCCUGGGGCAAUUGCAGUUGAAAUGGAAGGAAAAGGUGAGAAUUACUCUCAGGGUUACUCUUGCUUGGCAUCUGUGAUCAUUAUGCAGGAAAUGGUUUUUGCCAUAAGAAGGAUUUCAUGCAUUCGUUGUGUUCAGUGUGUUUCGGUAUAAUUUAAAGGACAAAAAGAACACAAUGCUCCAACAAACUCAACGAUUUUAUUAAACAGCGUGAAACGUUGAUAAGGAGUGACUCUUAAAGACAGCACAGUAGUGAUCCUUCAGUUGAUAAACUUACUUAGGCCCAUUACAGACUAUGAGUUAGCUCACCACUGACACAAUCUCACAUGUGUUUCCAAACUUUCUUGAAGUGAACAAUCUUCCACAGAAGCUCUCUUUCUAUAAAACUUUCUAGACGUCUGAUCACUCCUGACAACAGCAACAACUACUACUACAUGACUGAGUCCUUAUUUACAUUUAGAAAGUAUUCCAGAACAUUUUGGAAGCUUACAACACAACUGUUUCUGUAGUAAUACAUCAUAACAAUCAAAUAUUUUAUUAUGUAAGGAUACAUAAAAGGAACGUCGGAGGUUAUCCCUAUCGAGGACGCUCCCUAUAUAAAAUAAAUAUAAUACAAUGUAAAAUUUAAGAAUAAUUAAGAAAUGGCUAAAAAAAAUUUGCAAAACUUUACGAUACUUUCUAAGUUUACUUCAAAAAAUGCUGAAAUCCUGUUCGUGCACUAUCUCUUUGGGAAGAGAGUUCUACUGUAUAAUAAUUCUAACAAAGAAUGAGUGCAAAAAAAAAACAAUUUACCCUAGCUAUUGGCUGUCUUAAUUUAAAUGAAUGGUUUGAUCUUGUUUUACCAUAACAAUUAAAUUCAAAAUAAUCAUUACAGUUGAGGCCAUUAAGACCAUGAAUAGUCAUGUAGCACUCUAGCAAAGAUAGAUUAGACCUCCUUGAUUGAAGACUGGACCACCCAAGCAUUGUCAGAAUUUCUUCGUACGGAGAAACUACGUUGGACUCGUUCAAGAGCGUCAAUGUUCUUCUGUAGAUAGGGUGACCAGAGAGGGACAGCAUAUUCUAUACUAGCGGAACCUAGGUAACCGCUCAUAAAAGAAGAAAGAAAACAAUGAAAAGCUACAUAAAAUAAAGAAACGAGAAACUCGAGUACCGCGAGAUUCGUAGGUAAAAUGAAGAUUCAUUUUUAACCGACGCUGUCCACGGCGUCGCCGUCGUCGUUUCUUAAACUCCGUAAUUAGACAGCGCGAGCACCUACAUGUAAUACUGAUCACUCAGAAAUAGGUAACUACCUACUCCUAGCCUAGAAUAAAGAUGCACCAUCUAGAUCAAAGAAACUAUUCUCAGAGAAACAGUACAUCUAUUUAAUUGACACCUGUUUAAAACACGUGCUGGCCACGUGCAUGAAGGAAAAAAAUGCAGUUAGGCUGUUAGACAUCAUAUUGUUUGCGCGCUUUCUGCCUACUUUCGAGGGAGCCGUAUUUCAGUUUCAACUGAGUUAAACGAGUUUGUUCUCAUUUUUGGAAAUCCACAAGAAAGAAGGAAUCAAGCUAAUUAUAUACGCUUAGAGUAAACGUUUUUUAAACUAUAAAGCUUCUACUCACAUCAAGCGAUUCUACGAAUUCAAAGUAAAAUUAUGCAUUAAUACUAAAGCAACCCUUAUGAGGUCACUCGUCACAACACUUGAAACCUUUUUUUGUUAGUCCGGCAUGCCAACGAUCUUUCAGGAAUCGAACCAAUCCUAUAGCUAAGAAGGUGCUGUAGUGAAAUCAAUUUUGAAUCGAAAGAUUCACUUUCUGUUCAUAGCUUUGAAAUUUUGAUAACACAAUUUCAAAGCCACCUGGCAAGUUAGCGAAAGUUUAUUUUUUUCUUUACGAGAUCAUUUAUCCUGAAAAAGUAAAAUUAUACAGCAUACCCAAGCAACCUCCUUUUGUUCGUCCUUCGCAAUCAGAUGGCCUUAUGAGCAGCUAAAACAUCUUUUUCAUGGGUAAAUUUGCUACAAUGUAGACUGGGGUUUGAAUAUCUGCUGAUGCUAACAGCUAUCAUAGCGAUUAUUCUAAGCACUGCUCAAGCUUAUUGAAGGUCGUGACCGCUAAAUUUCUAAACAUGCUAAUCACGAUAAAAUAGGUAAAGCGGGUUGAGGCUACAGAAAUAGUUUCCGCAUAACAUCUUAAGUUGUUUUCGUAUAUUCGCACUACUUUGACUUACUUUAAGAUGAAAUACGAUUUUUUUCCAAGAAAUCAAAUUGCACUGAUUUCUUCUUACGGAUAAGCCUAAACUAGAUUUUGCAUCACGAUAACCUGUCGCUGUAAUUUUCACUUAAAAGAGAACUGCAAUGUUACAAUGUUAUCUAAUAAAAUGUUCUAGAAAGUUCAAUGGUAUAUGCAUUUCAGCAUGACUAGCUAGGCAUUCUUAGAAAUUUCUAGAAACUUGUUUUAAUAGUCACUAUCUAUAACAAGUGCAAUAUAAUGUUACCAGGAUCACUCAUACAAAGCUGACCAAACCCAAUUACACAAAACGGUCAAUUACAUGUAACCGAAUGUAAAAUCCUUUUCCUCCUUUUAAUGUGUCUGCUUUGGGCCUAAGCACUGAUUGGCACUAGUGAAUUAAGAUGGAAUCAUCAUUCAUAUCUUUAUAAUGUAACUUUCUGAUCUCGUCCAAGUGACCCAGUAAGCGAAUAAUUACCAGAAAUAUGAUUUUUCCCAGUCAUAUACAAAGGCGUACUGCAAGCAAGAAAUAAAUUUUCAGUAGUCCCAGAGGUUUUCAAACAUAAUUUUUAUUACAUUGUACCCCCAAAUUGAUAUUCUCAAUCUUUACCUCUGAGCUACAGGGUUAGAGAGGAGCUUCUGGUUGCUACUUUGUAAGGCUAAGUUUCUGAAGGAGGAAAGAAAGUUAGCAAUUUUUUUGUAUGCAUAAGUGUACAAUGAUAAUGAUUUUUACAGUAUACCCUCCACUUUGAUGUUCUUAAGCUUUACCUCUGAACUACAGGAGGAUCUGGUUGCUAAACUAUUAAGCCAGGAGGAGGGGAGGUACUCAGCAACUUUUUGUAGGGGAGUGGUCAGCACAGGUGCAUAAUGGUAAUCUUUAUUGCACUGUAUCCUCCAACUUGUCAUUCAUUCAAGCCUCACCUCUCAACCAUUCACAGCUUCUGAUUGCUAGACUAUUAAGCCAGGUUCUUGUUGGAGGUGAGGUACUCUAUACUUUGUGUUUGGCAAAAUUCUUUCCUGAAUUCCAAAUCCUUAUUCUUUGCUAUACUGCUUCUGACUAAAAAGGUACCUUGCCCUACUCAUUAUACUCUUUAGAAAGAGUGGUGCUAAUUUAUAUACCUGCAGAAAAACACAAUAUCUCUUAUAGUAUUCCAAUAUUACAAAGAACAAACAAAAAGAAUGAUCUGCAGAAAAACAAAGCCUCUUUUGCUCAAAUUAAUUGUAACUAUCUCCCUAUAACAUUACUGUUUAAAUCCAUUCCAAUUGUUAUUGCUUAUUUUUUUCAUUUUUCUACCUCAGGCCUGUUUGCAGCAGCUCAUGACAUGAAGAUGGAGUGGCUGGUCGUUAAAGGUGUUUGUGGUUUUGUAGAUGGUGUUGCAACUACAAAUAAUUCAUGGAAGACUUUUGCAUGUGUUAUGGCAGCAUCUGUUGUAUCAAGCAUGUUGAAGAACUCUUUUGUGUUUGGAGACUGGCUUCAUUAUGGAGGUACGUGUACAUUUUUGUAACAGCUUUGGUUGUGUCUUCCAAGAGAUUUUGUACCUUACUUGUUUUCCUUGGUAUAGAAUAUUAUUAUCUGCUGAUGAGAACAUGGAGACCAACAGUGGAAUUUAAUGUGUAUCAGAAAACUGAAAAACAUACACAUUCUUUGUUUUUCAAUCGCAUUGCCUUAAAAGAGAACUUUUAAAAAGUCUGAGAUACGAACAAAUUCACUUUGGUAGCUUUAAUUUCAAUUUUGAAGACAUAAAUAACAUUCUAAAAUUCAAGAUUAGAGGGGGUUAAAAAGAAAUUACUCAAUUAUGUUGAGUAAGUCUUGUGUGUUUGGAGACUGGCCUCAUUAUGGAGGUACGUGUUCAUUUUUGAGCUUUGGUUGUGUCUUCCAAGAGAUCUUGUAACUUGUAUCAAGGAAAGUGGCUCAACAUUGUUAACAAUAGGCUUUGUUAUACAAGAGAAAAAUGAUCCUAUAUAACCCUUGCUAAAGCUGUUGAGAUAUUUCCAUGUUUGAAACUGUAAUCGUUUAGAUUAAUCAGAAUUUUGAUUCUACUAUGGAAUAAGGUAAAGAUGCAAAAGAAAUUGAAACUGAAGUGCUCAAUAGAUAUACUGUAUGUGGUAAUCUAUUCAUUGCUAACAAGCUCUCUGUUUGAUUGGUGUUGCCUCAAUAUCAUGUUCUCACAUUUCAAUGGUCAUAUAGGUAACAGGUAAAAGAACCUUGCUAUAGUAGGAUUAAAUUUGACUGUUACAAUUUGACAGAUAGUGAAUUGAAAAUUAAGGUUGAGUUGGAUGACUUGAAACCUGAAGAGCAGAAUAAGCAGAUGGCAUGCUGGCAACAGAGCAACAGGGAAAAAGUGAUAAAAAUAUUUUAUCAUAAGUUAUUAUGGGAAGUUGUUGUGAACAGUUAUAACAUUUGUGUGAUAAAUCUUCAAAGAAUUAUCUCAGUGCACUCAUGUGGCAUCAAUGAAUUAAUAUAAUUGUACACAGUUCCACUUAUGGGAACAGAACAUUUGAAGAGAGGCUGUGAAUGCUAGUCUCUCUCUGCAUUUUUUACCUUUAGAUACUACACCCCACACUGUAGUACCCACCACUGGUCAUGGAAGAGAACUAGAAGAAUCAAGGGGAAGGACAGGUGAACAGGAUGCUCAGUUUGAACUUAUUUUUCAAGUUAAUUUAAUUGAAACAUGGUUCUUCAUGUUGGUUGAGUUUUUCUUUUUGUUAUUGGGAAAUAAAAAACCACUUUUAAGUCCAUUUAGUUGAUUUUAACUGGUAUCAAACCAUGUUGAAAUGAAUGAAAAGGUGUGGGGUUUACCACUUUCAGUUGUUUUUGUUGACUCAUUGAAGCCUAGCAUAAGCUCCAGUUUGGUUUCAGUUCCCCCUCACAUGCUCCAAUAAAAAGGAAACCAACAUGGCAAAUCACUGACUUGUUGUUUUGAUGUAUUGAUAUUGAAGAAGUGGAAGAAUUCAUAGGUGCAUAAAUUAGCCAAAAAAGCUGUAGGACUGAAGCUGUUUGGAAAAGAAAGGAGAAAUGAAAAAAGAACCUGAAUGUAGUUUUAGUCAUCUUUUGAAAUAGAAAUUAAUGUUAUUAAUACCAAGAAAGCUUCUGUCAGCAAUUAUGAAAAAUAAUACUGGUCAAUGCAAAUUAUUUCAAAGGUGUUUUUACCUCAUGCUCUUCUCUAGUUUAAGGAAGUGCUGAGUUCACCUGUGAAAAUGAACAUAUAAAUAAAUACUUACUUGUAGACUGAAAAAUUUUUUAGCUGUUCUCCACUUUUUUUUUUCUUUUUUUCUUUUUUCAGUUUUUAAGCUUCUUGGUUUAAAAAAGGCAAUCUAUAGUGCUCAUGUACCUAUCGUUAAAUACAAGCUGGUAUGCUUGUUUCUUACUAUUUAAAUAAAGAAAAGUCAUCGAAUGCUAAUCUCUCUCUGUAUACCUUUGUUUUUAGACACGGUUCCUCUCCUUGUAUCUCCCAAGUGUGAUCCUGAAGAAGAACUAGAACCAGGAGAGCUACGUAUGGAACUUCCAAGAAUGAAAGGUGAAUAAAAGAUACUGUUAAAGGCUAAAAUAUUUUAAAAAUAAAACCUGUAUGUUGUCGACAGUCGGUCAUCAUCAGGGUGAUGAUGACCAAGUGUCGAAAAUGUUUGUUUUUUACUUAUUUUAGCCAUGUAUAUAGCUCAAUGCCAUUAAAUGUUUUCGUAUUUUUUCCAGUAAUUAAUUUCAAGAGAAAUUAUUUCCUAUCUGAGAUAUCAACUUUUUUUUCUGUCGUUUAACUUUAAUCAAAGAAUGCUGUGAAGUGCUCUCAGCCGUUAUUCGAUAACUUACACUAGCUCAGAGGUAGAUGGCCAACGCACACGUAAAACCUUCGCACGUUUUUCGCGUUCUGCGGCAAAAAAAAAAAGGGCGUGCUAAAGCGUGUGUCUUAAGAGAGUUUUUGCUAUUGUUGUUCAACGCAGUCAGCUUGUUUUGUUCAGCACUGUUUCGGAAAACUAUGGUUUUCUGUCUCAAAAUGCUGCCAGCGAAGCAUCAAAUCAAUAUGUGCAUAUCUCAAUAUCAAAAGGACGCAAGGGCUGCCGUUCGUAAGGGCCGUGCACGGUGGCGCGAGCAGGGUGUAUUAAAAGCUGCAGUGCCAAGCAUGCGGCUCAGCGAUAAGACAGUAGAAUGGGAGGCAGCCAAACCCAGAUAAAAAUUGGCAAAUUUUCCUCCAAUUCCAAUAUUUGUUAUUUCUACUUGAUGUUAAUUGCAAGUAUUGGGAAAACUUCGAGUUUGAAAUGUUUUCAAAUUUCGCUGGCAAAAAUUAAAUGUGUGCGUCACAACUAGCUGUGUCUACAGACUCUGGUCUAAACUGACUAGUAGACCUAUGAGUUCGAUCGAACUAUCUCAAUUGUUUUAUAACUGUUAAUAGUUAUGUCUUUGAUCGUGCAAAUCACACCCGCUAGAAAAUGAAAAGUGCACGAAGACAAUUAGUCGUUUAUCCUGCUCAGAUAGCUUAUCGUUGAUAAAAAGAAGCUUCGGUGAGAGGGUGAUUUAUCUUGUGAUGAAAAUCAAACAGUUCCACAGCGAUGGACCGUGAAGCCUGAGGUUCCUUGUUAAAAGAGAAUAAAUAUUUCAUUUUUGCAUGCUCAAAUCCAUCUGAAGUUAUAGAGGUGAGCGCGCAAAACCGAAAUAGAUUCACUGCGGAAUAAACUGCCAAUUGGUUUUCCAUAUCAGUUUAUGAAAAGUUGAUUAUCGCGCACAGAUAGCUUACCGAUUAAAGAAAGAAACUUAGGCUCUACUGGUAUGAAUCUUGUUAUGAAAAUCCAUCUUACCGGAUGGUUGGAUACAGAGGCCUGACGUUCCCUGUUACAAAAUAAUGUUAUUUUUUCAUGUUCAAUUCCAUCCUUGGUUAUAAAAGUGACACGUACAAAACCGAAAUUCAUUCUCUUGAGUUGGAACACUCGAAUCUUCUGAGUAAAUGCUGAUUCGCUCUCCAUAUCUCCCUCUCAUUAAUUCUCCCUUAGUAUUAGAUUUCCGUAUUGAAUUUUCGGCAGUCGCAUGAAGACUGAGCAGUUUAACUCUCACAAUCUUCUGCAAGAUUAUAGAUAUAUUUUUGAUCAAUAUUGACAUUUUGUGAAAUGAGAAUCAUUAUAGUUCACGUCUCGUACAUAUUUAAUCACUUAACGGAAAAAAAAGAUACCAUUUUAAUCUUUUUCUCAAUCGUAUUUGAUAAUCGAUCAGUUCCUAUUCUCAGUCAUUUUGUUAAAUACUUUUGAUCUCGGUUUUCAUUUUUCCUAAUCACAAAUUGGCAGUAACAGUGUUUAAUAGAAGGUCUUUGUAAAGUUAACCGUUAGCCGUAAAACGGCCAAAAAAUUAGCCGUUCGUCGUAAAAAUUGACAAAUCGUAACCGCUAGUCGUAAAAGAGUUAACUGUAAGAAAAAUUUAUGGUGACAACAAUGAAAAGAUAUUAACCGUUAGCCGUAGAAGCCAUGCCAACACCCCUUUACGACCCUCUUUAUACUUAGAAAGGGGUAUUCAAGGGUUCAUUGGAAGAUUUUAACCCCCCUAUCCCACAAUUCCUGAUAAUAACCCACUCCCCCUAUGCAGAAAAAAUUGUCACUCCAUUAUUUUCCCGAUGAGUUACGAGCUUUUCCGCCUCCCUUCGGCCAAAGUCCCUCAGUACUACCAAUUACAGAAGGGCUUUUAUUUGAUGCUUAACGGAAAAGUUGAGCCAGAAAAAUAGACCAUUUCUUGAUACGCUUGCUUGUUGUCCUUUGUAGAGAGUAUCGUUAUCUGCUGAUGAGAACAUGGAGAGCAACAGCGGAGUUAAAUAAAUAUCAGAAAACUGAAGAACAUAAGCAUUCUUUGUCUUUCAAUCGCAUUGGUGUGAAAAGGAACUUUCAAAAAGUCUGAGAUAUGAGCAAAUUCACUUUGGUAGCUUUAAUUCCAAUUUUGUAGUCAUGGAUAAGGUUCUAAAAUUUCAGAUUAGAGAGAGUUUAUCCCCCUGCCCUCCUAAUUAUUGUUUUCGUGUCCAGACUCUUGUGCGUAGUAAGAUGAACCCAAAUUUUCUUUGUUUGCCUUUCUACGAAAUACCUAACUGCUACUGAGGGGGUUAAAACUUUGUUGAGAUCUAAAUCUUAGCUUUUAUUCCGUUCUAAUGAAUUUCAAUUUUUGAAGUCCAUCAAUUUUCUCUUCUCUCUUUUAGAGACGAGAUUUUGAUCUUCAAUCAGCACUUAUUUCGACUCCUGCUUGUUACCCAUUUCACAAAUUUAGUAAGAUGUGUUUUAAUGCUCAUUACAGUUUGACUUUCCUUUCCCUUUUGCAGACAUUUCAGCGGGAGAGGAGAGUUGUAAAAGUGGUGAUCCUUCAGAAAAUAAACGUAGAAGGCUUGCAGGUAUUAUAAUUAUCAAAUGAAGAAAUUUCAUAUUAAGCUUACGUUUUAAUAACUUAUAUUAUACUUAUAGUGGUGGAGUGUCCGAGCGCGGAAUCUGGAUGUGUUAGGUUCUAUUCCUGGUGAGGACUCAAAAUUGUUCCUUUGUCUCACGCUUGUGACAAGACAGUCAUACUUCUUUCCUUUCCCUUUUCUCAUGCCAAUUUGUCAUUCUUGUUCAAGAAACAGUACUCCGCAAAAUUUUAUGAAAUUAAAAUUCAUGAAGUUUUUGUUUUUACUUCGGCCGCUUCGUUUUCCAACAUUAUUGAUCCAUGUGAAUGAAAGUGAUCCUCGCAGUAAUUUGCACUACUUAGGCAGUAGUGAAAAUAAGGCCUGAAAAAAAUUCAUUUCUCUGAAAUUUAAGAAGAGCUACCGAGAAAGGUAAAACUUAAGGAACAGAGUUUGGAUUUGUUUUUUGCAGGGGGGAGGGAGAGAGCGCGGUGGCAAGGGUGAAUUACCUUACUCCUUUCAUGCCAAGGAAACUGAACUUGAGUUUGUGUGGCUUUACAAAUUUGUCAUCGUGUGCAUAUUCGUUCUUUCAAUAAAAGUUAACUCCUGAUUUUUUUCUUAAAUAUUUCUUAGAACCGUUGACUGUUUGGUAGCAUUUUCCCUCUGGGAAGAAGACCACCGACGCCCCCAAUAAUACACCUAGAAAUUUCUGCCUUAAAAAUUCACUCACUACACAACUGCCAUCUGUAAGCGUGAGGUUAUAGAUAUAUUUCUGUUCACUGAUGCACAGUACGGAUGCAUAAUGCAAUGGCGCGAAUUGGCCUUGAAACAAAUUCAUUAGGAGACGUUUCAUUAGGAAAGGAAAAAAGCUUCAUUGCUACAAUAAAUCUGUUGGCUCAAAUAAUAUGUUCUGAGCUAAUUAUUUUUUUUACAUUUGUUAUCAUGCAGGUGGUUCUCCUAAACAUUUUCGUCGGUCAAAGGUGAAACACCGUGAUGAAGAGUCGUCUCCCAUCUUCCUUUUCCUGCUUUUUGUAAAAAUAAAACUGCGUGGAUCCAGGAAAAUGACAGGAGUAGAUGCGGUACGUACUACCCGCUAUCCUCUCAUCUCUAUGCUUCCCUGUGAUGUCUAUAUGUGUUAAGUUAAGCAAGGAGUUCCCAGCGACGAAGAUUUAGAGUGGCUUUACCCAAGUUGCUUAUUGCAUGAAAAAGAGUUUUUUUAGAGCUUUUCGCUCGAUUGUAAACUAGAGAUAUAAAUGGUAUGUCACCAAAUCCGUUUACGUGGCAAUGCAGUACGUACUACCCGCUAUUCUCUCAUUUUGAUUCUUUGCUGUGAUGCCAUUAUGUGUUUAGUCAAGCGAGGAGUUCCCAGCGAUGAAGAUUUAGAGUGGUUUUACCCAAGUUGCUUAUUGCAUUAAAAAGAGUUUCUUAGAGCUUUUCGCUCGAUUGCAAACUAAAGAUAUAAGUGAUAUGUCACCAAAUCCGUUUACGUGGCGAUGACAGUUUUUUCUUACUGGCUGAAAGCACAAGAAAUCUUCUGUCCGCGUAUGUGGGCGUGGAUUUUUCGUGUAAAACAGUAGGGAUGCGUGAUGGAAUGGCACAAAUUGGCCUUGAAACAAAUUAAUCAGGAGACGUUUUAUUAGAAAAGGAAAAAGCUCCAUUGCUGCAAUGAAUCUGUUAGCUCAAAUAAUAUGUUCUUGUCUGAUGAUUUUUUAAAAUUUGUUAUCAUGCAGGUAGUUCUACUAAACAUUUUCGUCGGUCAAAGGUGAAACGCCGUGAUGAAGAGUCGCCCCCGAGUGACGCCUUAACUCCGAAGAGAAGAAAAACUCGUUUAGCAGGUAAAAUGAGGACAUAUCUAUGGGCGUGCCCGUUAACCCCCAACCCCAUCUUCCCUUUCCCUGCUUUUGUAAAAUAAAAAUGUGUGGAUCCAGCAAAAUGGCAUGAAUUGAUGCGGUACGUACUACCUGUUAUCAUUCCAUCUUGAUGCUUUGCUGUGAUGUCUUUAUGUUUUUUGCCAAGCAAGGAGUUCCCAGCGACGAAGAUUUAGCUUUUCAUCAGGGAAAAGCCCCAUUGCUACAAUGAAUCUGCUGGCUCAAAUAAUAUGUUCUGAUCUAUUUAUUUUUUUUACAUUUGUUAUCAUGCAGGUGGUUCUAUUAAACAUUUUCGUCGGCCAAAGGUGAAACGCCGUGAUGAAAAGUCGUCUCCGAGUGACGCCUUAACUCCGAAGAAAAGAAAAACUCGUUUAGCAGGUAAAAUGAGGACACAUUUAUGGGUGUGGCCGUUAAUCCCCACCUCCACCCAGACUCCCCAACCUCAUCUUCCUUAACCCUGGUUUUGUAAAGUAAAAAUGUGUGGAUCCAGCAAAAUGGCAUGAAUUGAUGCGGUACGUACUACCCGCUAUUCUCUCAUCUUGAUGCUUUGAUGUGAUGCCUUUAUAUUUGUGGUUGCGAUGAAGAUUUAGAGUGGCGUUGCUCAUUUAUGAAAAAAGAGUUUUUAGAGCUUUUCCAAACUCCAGCUUCUUUUUCUUACUGGUUGAAAAAAAACAAAGAACAAGAUAUCUUUUAGACAUGGUUUGAUGCUAUCCAUUUAAUGAAUGUAAUUUAUAGAAAUCGAACUGGUUUUAUAUGAUCACUAAUUAGUUUUUUCUGAGGAAGUGUAAAUAGGCAUCACGAUUUAAAGGAGCGUGGGCGGAUAAAUUUUUGGCGAUUAGUGAAUAGUUAAUGGUUGGUUAGGCAUGUGUGUUCGAUAAAGCUAUCAGUUUUAGGUGGCCUGGAAAAUGAUGCAACAUAAUGCUGGCGUGAAUUGUUCUUGAAACCUACUUUCAGAAUGCAGAAAAAUAACAGGGUGGUUCUAAAACAUUCGCGUACGCCGUUGCAAACUUCAUAUCUCUUUUUAACAACUCUUCCUUCCCCUGCCUUUGUAAAAUAAAAAUGCUGUACGUACUACUCGCUAUCUUUCUUUAUGUUUUUUAGUUAAGCUUCCCAGGAUAGUUUUGGUUUGAAAAAGUUACAGAAUGUUACUACAUUGGAAGAGAGGAAUGGCUCAACUGCAACAUACACGAUCCUACAUGAUGCACUGUGUCAUCCAUUGGUUAAACGCACAGAUUUAGCUGAGCACCUUAUGACUGGUAAUAUACCACUUAUCUUGAUUUUUCUCGAAUUUUUUGUAAAGUAGUUUUCUGGUAGAGUAAAAUUCACUCACUACUUAACUGCAUGUAAGCGUAAAUGAUAGUUUUUUUCAUCAGAGAUAAAUUUUUCGAUGAAUAGUUAAGUCACCUACUAGAAUGCCAAACAACUCUGUCUUUCUAGGAUAGUUUUUUCAAGUAUUUUUUCUCGAAAAAAAAAAAAAAAAAAUUCGGUUUGUGUACCCAGGCCUUCUUAUCACGUAUAAAACGAUAUCUCAGUGUAACAUGUAGGUAUGCGUAAUGAAAUGGCCCUAAACGACGGGAAAACCUAUGUACAAGCUUAUCUAUUGAACGAGAAAAUCUGUUCCAAUUUUUUUUUAACAUUUGUUAAGAAUGCGAUACAACUGUGCACGUGCUACAAGUGCUCUUACAAGUUUUCAUUUUUAGUGAAUGUCUAUGUUUUUCCCCUAAGUUGAUUAUUGUAUGGAACAUAUUUUUCUUCAAGUUUCUCGCUCGAUUGCAAACAAGAGAUAUGAAUGGUAGGUCGCCAAGUCCGUUUACGUGGCGAUCAUAAUUUUUCUUCCUGGGAGAAAAAAAAAAACAAGAAAUCUUCCGUUCGCGUAGAUGGGCGUGCAUUUUUCGUGUAGAAUGAUACACAGUAGGGAUGCAUGCAUUCCUGGGAGAAAAAAAAAGAACAAGAAAUCUUCCGUUCGCGUAGAUGGGCGUGCAUUUUUCGUCUAAAAUGAUGUACAGUGGGGAUACAUAAUGCAAUGGCGCGAAUUGGCCUUGAAACAAAUUCAUCAGGAGACGCUUGUUGCCUUUGGUAUAGAAUAUCGUUAUCUGCUGAUGAGAACAUGAAGACCAACAGUGGAAAUUAAUGUAUAUCAGGAAAAUGAAAAACAUAUGCAUUCUUUGUUUUUCAAUCGCAUUGCUGUGAAAAAGAACUUUCAAAAAGUCUGAGAUAGGAACAAAUUCACUUUGGUAGCUUUAAUUCCAAUUUUGAAGUCAUGAAUAACGUUCUAAAAUUCAAGAUUAGAGAGGGUUAAUAAGAAAUUACUCACUUCUGCAUCUUCAUUGUGUUUAACGAGUCUUAAAUCUAUUUUCUUUGUACUAGAUUGUAGGUAUUACAAAUCGCUGAUUAAGCACGGUUAUGAACUACCCCCUCCCCCUGCCCUCAUAACUAUUGUUUUCGUGUCCAGACUCUUGUGCGCAGUAAGAUGAACCCAAAUUUUCUUUGUUUACCUUUCUACGAAAUACCUAACUGCUACUGAGCGGGUUAAAACUUUGUUGAGAUCUAAAUCUUAGCUUUUAUCCGUUCCAAUGAAUUUCAAUUCUUGAUGUCCAUCAAUUCUCUCUUCUCUCUUUUAAACUGUGAUCAGGCUCACAUGAGAUUUUCAUCUCCACUCAGCACUUAUUUCGACUCCUGCUUGUUACCCAUUUCACAAAUGUAGUGAAGUGUGUUUUAAUGCUCAUUACAUUUUGACUUUCUUUUCCCUUUUGCAGACAUUUCAACAGAAAAGGAGAGUUGUAAAAGUGAUGAUCCUUCAGAAAAUAAACGUAGAAGGCUUGCAGGUAUUGUAAUUAUCAAGCAAAGAAAUUUCAUAUUAAGCUUACGUUUUAAUAACUCAUAUUAUACUUAUAGUAAUGGAGUGUCUGAGCGCGGACUCCAAAGGUCGGAGGUUCUAUUCUUGGGGAGGACUUGAUUUUUUUUGUCCAACGCUCGUGGCAAGACGAUAAAAGAUAUUUCCUUAUUCUUUUAUCAUAACAAUUUAUUAUUCUUGUCCUGGUUUACUUCAGCUGCUUCAAUGCCGAAAAUUAGUGAUGGAUCAUAAAAUGAAAAUAAGAUAUUGUUUUGGAGCUUCUCCCCUCGCACUUAAUUCGGACUUUGCACUCGCCCCAACCUUUCCUCCAUUUGACUGAAAAGCGCCAAAAACUUGCGUCUGUUCUGCAGGCAAGAGUUCGUGUGGUUUUGGAAACUUGGCGUUGUAUGCUUACUCAUCCCAGCAAUAAAAGUUCAUGUUUCUUUUCUCUAUUUUUCAGAACCGUUGAAUGUUGAGAAGUGCCAAGAGAAGCUAAAAUCUUAUUAUGACACCUUUAGUAAGGUGAAAAUCGUUCCAUGGGACGAAAGCUCUUCCAUUGAGAUUAAUGAGAUCUACACACCUUUGAAUUGGGUGAGAGAUCACAGGAAGCCCAGCGGAGUGACACAAGAGGAACUUGAAGACUAUACCGACAUGUUCAAGGGAAAACAUACACGAAUGCUUGUUUAUGGUCGGCCAGGAAUUGGAAAGAGUACUUUUUGUAAGAAGGCUGCAUAUGAUUGGUCGAAAACCUUAAAAGAAAUCCUAAAGAACUUUAGCAUUUUGCUUCUGAUUAAGUUGAGAGAUGUGUGUGACGUGGGAAACAUCCGUGAUGUUUUACGUGCGUCUAAAUUGCUGGCCAGUGAUGGUCCGAUCUCAGUUGAUAGUCUCUAUGAUUACAUAAUUAACAAUCAAGAUGAAGUGCUCCUUAUUUUGGAUGGCUACGAUGAGUACAGCUUUGCAGAAGAACACUCACCCAUCCUUGCAAUUUGGAAGGGUGAGCAACUAAGAGAUUGUCACGUCAUUGUCACCACGCGUCAACUUGCAUGUGAUAAGUUAAGAGGCCCGAGUCACGUUCAGUUAGAAAUUCAAGGAUUCAAAAGCUUGGAACGAAUAAAAACCUUUGCGAGAAAAGUUUUGGCAGAUGAACAAGAUCCUAACGAGUUUAUGCACUACCUGGAAGAAAAAGAUCUCGUUGACAUGGCAGAAAUACCUCUCCUCCUACUGAUGUUGUGUAUUUUGUGGAAAGAGAAACAUCACGUAGGACUGCCAAAAUCACGGGCCGAUAUAUUCACACAAUUCAUUCAAACUAUGCUGGAUCACAAAGAUGGAAGUCACCAGCCUAUGCCAUUUCAGAAAGUGACCUCAACAGAAGCUAAAGAAGACUUUAGUAAUCUUGGAAAGGCUGCCUUUGAAGCACUUCUGCAAGACCGUCUUUACGUACGCUGCAGCGAACUCCCCAGUAAUAUUUCAAGAAGUUUUGAAAAAUUAAGUGAAGUUGGGCUUUUCCAGAUUGUCAAUCUUACGAGUCUCAAUCCUGAGAAAGGGGCCUAUUUCAUUCAUAAAUCCGUACAGGAGUUCCUUGCAGCCUGGCACAUUAAGGAGGAAGUGUUGUCGAUUAAAGGAGAAAAUACGCCUAGCCUUUCCAAAGUUGAAUCAUUUGAAGAGAUCUGGAAGAUGAAAGAAGUUCUGAAAUUUGCCUGUGAGCUGUCAACAGAAGCCGCGUGCGCAGUUUUCCAUCAUAUGGGGUCUGUUGGAAGAAAGGAAUCUAUGUCGGAAUGUGAUUUUGUUGAGUGUUUUCUGGAGCAUGGAAUACUGGAUCGAAAUGAAGCACUUUAUCUUGAGCUUAUCUCGCAUAGCUACGUUUAUUGUUCGGCCGAGAAGAGGCUGGAUCUCUGCUCAGUAUUUCCCUCUUGCACCGGAGGUGUUUUGUAUCUUGAGUCUAACACGGUGAACAUUACUGCAAAUGAACAUUUGCUGAAAUCUAACAUGAUACCCGACUUUAUCUUUUUUCCUCUCAGCGUAAAUUCUUCAGAGAAAAGCUAUCGAGACUUGAUCACUGUAGCGGAGGACAUAAAUGCAGUAUUUUUGAGCUGUUCGGGCGAAAAGAAAGCCGCAGAUUUAUUGAAGAAGUUUCCGCCUCUUUCUUUGGAUAAUUUCUUUUUGGAGAGAGAGAGAAAAAUCGUCGUUUAUGUUAAACACAUAUUUAAAGAGGCUGGUGACUUUUUUCCUACUGAAAUGCUGCGAGAGCUCAUUUCGCCAACAGCAGAGUCUACUCAGGUGGCGCGUCUUGUUGAUCCGUUGAACGAACACGACAGCGAAACAGCUUCGAGUUUGACUCAGAACAGCCUUUCCUGUGUGAAGAAUAUUUAUAUUAUCGGUAUAGAUAGGCAAGAGAUGAAGGUGGUGGCUGAUUGCUUACCACUUUUCACUGCUCUGGAAGAUAUGGCUAUUUUUGGUAAAUCCUUUAAAAUCAUUGAUGCUCAGUUGACAGAGACCCUGGUGUCUCGUAUCAUCUUCACUGACAGAUUUGACACAUUAGAACUUGUUAGCAUCAAUUUAACAGCCAAACCUGCCGCAGUCAUCGCCAGAUCUCUGCACCAGUCUCCUAGCCUGAAACACCUCAACUUGUCAGAAAACCCUCUUGGUAAAGGAGUUAGUGUUCUUACUCAACAUCUCAGCCGUGUUCCUCACCUGGAUAGGCUGUACCUUUCUGAUGUUAAAAUGACAAAGCAGCAAGUGAAUGAAUUGAGUGCCGCUGUACGUCAGAGUAACAUCCGCCUGUUUAACACAAAAUACCACGUAAGUUUUGUGAUCGUAGUUUGCAUA